AUGACUUCCACCGCAAACCAGCAAACGCCCAGUCCCGCACCAAACGCCUCGACCACUUCGUACGCAUCCGCCGCCGGCGCGCAAAAGAAGCAGUCGACGCCGCUGGUCGCGACAGGCACGAACGCGCCUCUGGUAGCUACCGGCUCGUCGCAACAUGCCAAGUCGAACUCAGUUUCGCCCGUAAACGGCCGCAACCCCAUCAUGCCGGCUGUCCCUGCCGUCGCCCACGGCACUUCCAACGGAGAGAACCACGCCCGAAAGCCCUCUGUCACUAUGAGCGCAACCGGCCCCAACAGCUAUUCCGCCAACAACGGCGGCGCCGCUGGACCCAAGAUCCAGUUUGGCUUCAACCCGUCGCCUGCCGUCUCGCACAGCACUCCUCAGGGCGCCAGCGCCCCGAUCCCCAUCCCCAACAGCAACAACCAGCGCGUGCCUUCGCCCCAGAACUCGCCCUCUCCCAUCCCCCAGCCUUCGGCUAGUGGUGGCCGCCCCCCGUCCAGCGCCCAACCCGGCGGUGCCGUCACAUUCGGCAGCUUCGGUGCCAACAGCGGCGAGACACACAUGCGCCGCACUUCGGCAGCCUCGCAGAACGCCUCGCACAUCCGGAACGAGUCCAACCAGUCUUUGGCCAGCGACCCCAACAACCAGGGCGGCCCACCCGGCCGUGGAGGUUUCUCGCAGGGAGGACGUGGCCGUGGUGGAUACAACCCGAACUACAACGGUUCUCACCAGGCCAUGGGCUACCCCCCGAACGGGACGCCGCCCUUCCGUCCAGGCCACCCGGCCGGCCAAGGCCGCGGUGGUAUGCCACCGAACUUCACUCCCCGACAGUCGUACGGACCCGGCACUCCUCCGAUGGGACGUGCUAGCCCAGCAAUGGCACCCGCCAUGCCUCAGCCGACCGCCCAACCUUUCUUCUACCAGCCGCCGAACAUGAACGGCCCCAUGCAGCCGGCUAUGCAACCUGUAAAUACCCCUCCCCUCUAUGAUACGUACGACUGCACGUCAAACAAGCAAGGCAAGAGAAGGAGUCAACGUGGUCGUGAUGUGGAUAAGUUUUCCACCGGACGACACCGCUCUCAGUCGAACGAUUUUUCCCGAGAAGGCGGCAGAACUCGGCGCUACAGCAAGCGCAUGGAUUCACGCUUCCCUCAGGGUCUAUCAUGGCAAGAACCUCGCCGUGGCCAGUUGCCAGCGGAGAGAGGAGAGCGGAUUGACAUGCACCCCCCUGAGCAACCUCCUCCUGUCCCCUUUCCCCCACCCCAUUUCUCUUCUGUCCAAAAGAUGCGUCCCUCGAAAGGAGGCCUCGACAUCUCUCUGUCUCCUGAGAGUGGUAAUUUUGAGCGUUUGCUAAUAGGACUUCAACAACAGCAGUACUAUCCUCAACAGUAUGACCCACGCAUGGCCCCGCCUUACAUGUACCCCAUGGGCCAGGCACAUUCCCCUGCCCCUGGAUAUCCGGCUCCCUUCAACGGCCCUCCUCAGCCUUUUGCUCCCAGCAUGUCGCGUAACCCGUCGCAGGCUUCGGAGCCCAGACCUGCCUCGAGCACUGGGCCUACUCAGGCUUCUCAGGGUACUCCCCAACAGAUUCCAGCCCAGAUGAAGGGCGCGCCCGUCGUCGCGUCGGGAUCCUCCGCACAGUUCACCCGCCCAAAGAAGAGCGCCGCUGUGACGAUCCGAAACGCAGCCGGUGAGGUUGUCGACUUGGCUAACCUGAAGGCACCGGCAUCGCCGGCUCCGAGUGCGCAAUCCAAGACACCACCCGUCAUUGCGUCUACUCCUCCCCCUCCGCCCAAGUCAGCUACACCCAAGACCACGGCUCCCGCUCACGUCCGAACCGACAGCACCGCCACCAAGACACAGGAAGAAGUGCAGAACGAGUUCAAGGCCAAGAUCGCCAAGCAGCUCGCUGAUGGUGAGAAGGCCAAGACCGUUGAUGCCCCUGCAGCCAAGGAGGCACCUGCUGCCGACGUCAAGGCAGACGAAGAGGCCAAGCCUGCCGAGGAGCCCAAGGCCGAGGAGAAGAAGGAGGUCGCCGAGGAGGUCAAGCCAAAGGAGGAGCCCAAGGCUGAGCCCAAGGCCGAGCCUGAGCCGGCUGCUGCCCCUGCUGCCGCCGUCGAUGAGGAAGACGAGAUGGAGCGCAUGAUCCGCGAGAUGGAAGAGGAAGACGCCAGGCGCGAGGCUGAGCAGGCAAAGAUCACUCAGCGCAAGGCCGAAGAGAAGGCGGCCAAGAAGGCGGCGGAAGAUGCGGCUGCUAAGGAGGCCAACUCGGAUGCCAAGCUGCGCGAGGCUGAAAAGGAGGCCGAACGCCUCGAAGAGGAGAAGGAGCGUCGCCGAAAGGAAGCCGAAGGCAAGGCCGCCGGCGCCACCCCUGACGCCUUGGCCGGCAAGCUGGGCAGCAUGAGCAUUUCAGACAAGGACAGCUCUGCAGGCGAGGGUGCAGGCAAACCUGCCAACCUCACUAUCAACGACAAGCCUGUGGCCGGUGCCAAGGUCAGCCCAGGUGAUAAGCGCGGUACCAAGCCUGCUCCUCUCAACCUGAACACCAGUGUUGGAGUUGAGCCCCCUCAGCCUUCUGCCGCGCUGCAGUCGCUUCAGACCGCCAGGCUUAUGGACCAUGCUGAUCUCAAGCGCCUGUCAUACCCCGCAAGCGUCGCCUCCCCUAACCCGGCCCUCAACGCCGCUGUUUCCAAGAAGGGUACGUCGUUCAAGUACGACACAAGCUUCCUUCUUCAAUUCAAGGGCGUGUACACCGACUCGCCGUCACUGGAGUUUGGCCAGCAAGUCAAGACCCUGAUUGGCGAUGGCGACGGUGGCCGUUCCGCAUCAGCCAGAACACCCGCAGGAUCUGGCCGGACCAACUCUAGAACCGGCGCCGGUGGUUUCCAGAUGGGCCAGUUCGGUGCAGCAAAGACGCUGCCCCCUGGUACGACCUCGGAGCAACGCUUUGCCAUGUCUACUGGACAGGCGGCGCGCCCUCAGCUGGGCGGUGCCAUGAGCAGCUUCCAGCGACCUGGUGGCGCUUUCCCGGGAGGCAACAUCAUGUCGCGCACUCCCUCGAGCUCCAACUUGGGCCCCAACUCGCCCAGGACUGCCAGCUCGCGUCGGAAUGCUAGCAAGCGUGAUUACAACCCCAAGGCUGAGGCUCAGGCUGCUAAGACCAUGCCCUUGACUGCCAACAUGAAGAUCGAAGCUUUGCAGGUAUCGCAGACCGGCUGGAAGCCAACCAGCAUUGGUGCGAAGCCAGCAGCACAAGUUACGGUCGCUGGUAACAUGGAUCCUCAGAUGGUCCAACGUAAGGUCAAGGCAAACUUGAACAAGAUGACACCCGAGAACUUUGACAGAGUAUCUCAGGCCAUCUUGGACAUCGCCGCGCAGUCCAAGGAGGAGUCUGACGGCCGUACUCUGCGACAAGUCAUUCAGCUCACGUUCGAAAAGGCCUGUGACGAAGCCCACUGGGCCUCCAUGUACGCCCGUUUCGCUCAGCGCAUGCUGCAGACCAUGAGCCCCGAGAUCCGUGAUGAGAACAUCAAGGAUAAGAGCGGCAAUGUCGUCGGUGGUGGAGCACUUUUCCGCAAGUACCUCCUGAACCGCUGUCAAGAGGAGUUUGAGCGCGGCUGGAAGACCAACCUGCCGGAACCAAAGGAGGGCGAGUCCAAGGAGGCCGCUCUCCUGUCCGACGAGUACUACGCUGCCGCUGCUGCCAAGCGUAAGGGUCUCGGUCUGGUUCAGUUCAUUGGUGAGCUGUACAAGCUUGGUAUGCUGACUGAGCGUAUCAUGCACGAGUGUGUGCUGAAGCUGGUGGAUUUCAGCGGUACACCCGAUGAGGCCGAGGUUGAAUCGCUGUCUAAGCUCCUGCGCACCAUUGGUGGCAACCUCGACUCUACCGAGAAGGGCAAGCUUAUGAUGGACGCCUACUUCCAGCGUAUCCAGACCAUGAUCGAUCUUCCCGAGCUGCCGAGCAGACUGCAGUUCAUGCUCAUGGACGUCUUCGACCUGCGCAAGGCUCGUUGGCAGUCCAAGGAGGCCAACAAGGGCCCCAAGACACUCGACGAGAUCCGCGCCGAAGCCGAAGCUGCGGCUGCACAGAAGGCCGCCGAGGCAGCCAGGGGCAGCCAGCGAGGUGGUGGCCGCGCUCCCAUGGGUCGUGGUGACGCUCGCCAGUUCUCGUCGGGCGGCUUCCCUCAGCAGGCUCCCAACCAAGUUGGAAUGGAUGAUUUGAGACGCCUCAAGGGAUCGGCCAACCGUACAUCCAGCCAGAACAUCUCAUUGGGCCCUACUUCGAUGUUCUCUUCGCGAAGCAACAGUGGCCGGCGACUAGGUCCGGGUGGUGCUUUGAGCCGCGGCAACGAGGACUCUGCCGCUUCUUCUCGCACCGGAACCCCUCCUACCAGGGAGGCACAAAGCAGCACCAAUGCUUUCAGCCUCUUAGCCAACAUGGAAGACAACCCGGCUUCACCUCCCUCGACGGCGGUUUCUCCCGCCUUGGCCAAGGUGACUCCUGACACCGCCGCAGCGGGCAAGGAGUAG